AUGCCCGCUGGCUACAAACCUUCUCCACUAGGGCCUCAUGGCUCUCCUCGCAGUUCUCCAUUCAGACGACCAGAAUCUCCAGCAUCGCCAUCAGCAGUCCGACAGACCUCAACGACCCAAGUGACACAAGUGACGCCUUUCGGGUCACCCACGAAGGCAUCCUACGCUACGAACAACGGGCGCUUCGGCAACCCAACCACCCCAACAGACACGGCCGAGAGCAAGACGCCGCGAGUACGAACACCCACAGCCGAAACCACCACCAUGGCCUCGCCACAGCCUCUGCGGCCCGGUUUGAAGAAGACAAUGAGCCAUGGGAACGCCAUAUCGCAUUUACAACCUGCGCAAGUCAGACAGCUUCGAGAGGGUUUCGAGGUCCUGGAUCGCGACAGCGAUGGCGUCAUCAAUAGGGAAGAUGUAGCCGACAUGCUGAAUCAGUUGGGCCUGCCGUCCAAACCCUCCGACGUGUCAAACUUCUUCCCGCCAUCAACACCUCAAACGAUGACAAUGGCUGCGUUCCUGAAUUCCCUUGCUACGAUGCUUGCCUCCCUAUCACCACAAUCCGAGUUGCUAUCUGCUUUCUCAGCGUUCGACGACGAUGACAGCGGACAGAUCGACCUCGCGGAGCUGCGGGAUGCGCUUCUGCACACCACGCCAGAGCCUGGCGAGCGACCGCUUACAGAGACCGAGGUUGAAAAGGUCAUCGAGGGAUUCACCGGCAGACGAGCUUUCAACCGCAACAUGCAAGGCGGUUUAGGAAAUCGCCGUGAGGUGUUUAGAUACCAGGACUUUGUCAACUCCAUCAUGGGGAGCAAUACGACAUCCGAAGCCGCAUCGGCGGAGGGAUCUGAGGAUUGA